AGUCGACUUAGUAUAUUAGGUCGGUUUUACGUAUAUUACAGAAAAGUGUAUUUAUUGUCAAAAGGCUUAGCCUUUUUUCGGUAGCAAUCGACAUAACACCAUAGAAAAGAGCUGUGUUGUUCAAAGAAGUUAGUCAAAACUACACUUACUUGUAGAUAGUACCUAUAACUGACAAUAUGCUUUAAAGAUGUCUACGGUGGAAGUUGAGCAUACAAACACAUAACAUUUCUACUAUAAAAGAUUCGAAAAUGUUGUUAAAACUUAAGUUUAAAAACGAAACUACCAUUAAGAAAAACUCAGAGAUGUUGAUAAAAGAAACUGUUGUGUUUUCAUUGAAGAGAAUAUGUGAGAACAUUAGAAGUGCGAUCAAUUGUAUCAUUGUAAUUCUUUAAGUUAGCGGGGUUCUCCAUCAUGGGGCAUACGGGAAAUACAUCUGAUAAAAAUCUUUGGCAACACUCAGUCUCAGAUGAAUAGACAUGGUUAUUGGAGCCAGUCAAAAAAGGAAACUAUCACCUUAUUUCCACUCGAACUUUCAGGGAGUUACAACUCUACUUUUGGUGCCUGGAUCUAAUUGUUUCAUGUCAUCACAAGUAAUGUUGCAAUUCCCUACGCCUACAAAUGCUACUUCGUUGGAAGCAUUAUACAAAGUGAACUGCUCUAACUUGUCAUGUUCCUCAAACACGACCAUCGUCGACAACAUCACCACAAACAACACUUUCUUGGAUAUCGAGGACAGAGAACCACUAACCGAUCUUAUUCUCAUGGGAGUAUUGUCAAUAGUUUUAGGGCUUAUGAUUCUUGUUACCGUUAUAGGCAACGUGUUCGUGAUUGCAGCAAUUCUUCUGGAAAGGAAUUUGCAGAAUGUUGCAAAUUAUCUAAUAGUUUCCUUGGCCGUCGCUGACUUAAUGGUGGCGUGUUUGGUAAUGCCCUUGGGAGCAGUUUACGUGAUAAGUAAUAAUUGGAUCAUGGGUCCAGAACUUUGUGACAUGUGGACGUCUAUAGACGUUCUCUGUUCAUCAGCUUCAAUUUUGCAUUUAGUGGCCAUAGCUGUUGACAGAUAUUGGGCCGUAACUAACGUAGAUUAUAUCCACACACGAAAUAGCUACAGAAUAGGAGUAAUGAUAAUAAUUAUUUGGACCAUAGCAUUGGUCGUAUCUCUCUCUCCUCAAAUUCCCCAAUUUAAGGAUCCGGAUUAUCUCUUCAGAAUAAACGAAAAGAAGCAGUGCUUAGUGUCUCAAGACGUCAAAUAUCAGAUAUUCGCCACAAGUUCCACAUUUUAUGUACCUCUUUUGAUGAUAUUUAUUUUGUACUGGAAAAUAUUCCAAACUGCUAGAAAACGGAUAAGGAGGAGAAGAGAAAUAAAUUCUCAUAACUCGAACAAACCACACAAGGAUAAAUUGGAUAAAGUGGACAGCAGCCAGGUUCAUAAAAGUUUUCUAUCAAAAAGAAAAUUCCUUAGAUUCAAAAAAAAUCCAGAUAAGCAAUCGUCAGCUGCAGAAGCAUUGGUUAAUACUUUAAUGACUAUGGAAGGUCAAUCCACGACAACAACUAUGGAAUUAAUGGAAGAUACAGAUGACAGAGAAAAAAGUAUAACGGCACCUGAUGUUCCAAAAAAUCUUUCUCUGGCAUUAACAGAAACUCAGUCAACAACAACUGAACAAAAAACGACAGCUUUUACUAUUUCCAAAGCCACCGAUGGUCAGAAUAACGUUUAUCAAACUAAAGCAGCCAACAAUGGUUCAGCUGCUGACCAAAGCGAAACGAUUAGUCGGGCAGGAACAUUAAGUAAAGAACUUCCUUCGUGUCCAGCAUCCGUAGACAAACUUCUGCCGUCCAAAAAGGAGAAAAAAGAAAGUUUGGAAGCCAAAAGAGAGAGGAAAGCAGCCAAAACGUUAGCAAUAAUUACAGGUGCUUUUGUAAUGUGUUGGUUACCAUUUUUUAUUUUGGCUCUUCUUUUACCUUUAUGUGGUGAUGCCUGUAACAUUAGCGGUUAUAUUAUGAGUUUUGCUCUUUGGCUGGGAUACUUCAAUUCAACUCUUAAUCCAGUUAUAUACACCAUUUUCAGUCCGGAAUUUCGACAAGCAUUCAAAAGAAUUUUGUGUGGGGGUCAUAGGGGACCACGGACUUACAGAUCUGGUAAAAUGAGAUAAAAUAAGAAGAUUUUCGUGUGUGGACCUAGGGGUGAGAAAUAUUGGGUCUUGGUCUACCCAUAGUCAGAAAUAUAUUUUUAUAUUAGUUUACUAAUGUUUCAAAGCAUAUUUUCUAAAAUUUAAUUUGUUGAAAUGAAAUAAUUUGAUGAUUUUCGCAGUUAGUUUUAAAUUGACAACUCGCAAAGUGAUAAAUUAUAGAUUGAUUUGAAACUUGUAAGUUCCAAUAUAAUGAGGUAAAUUAUAUUAAAUGAACAAAAUUAUAUGGAAUAAUAGAUUAUAACGCCUUCUAUGAUAAACAGUGAAUAUAUAUUUAUUGAUAUUUCUGACACCUCCCGAAUAACCAGAAUCUCAUAUUUAUUACUUCUUCUUAUAUAACUCCUAACACUAUUUUAUUACUUUAUCAAAAUUAUAUAAAAGUAUAUGUCUACUAUAAUUAAGUGGAAUGUUUCUCGAAAUACAGUUUUUUAUUAAAACCAUAAAUAUCUCAUCUCAAUAGAUUUUCAUUCAGAGGCAAGCAAGAUCUAGCACGUUAUUGUUUAUAUAUGGAUGAAUUUCAAAUAGAAUAUUAUGGAGAUAUCCGUAAAUAAAUGCAUGUUCCUCUGAUUAAGGGAUUGUAUAAACAGUAUAACAUUCUCUUAUAAAAUCAACACAGUAACAGAUAAUCUGUUACUUGGAAACUUACAAUAAUAAAUCCAGACAGAAAAUUUUUUCAGUAAAAAAACUACCCGACUUUGGCAUAUUUCUACUAUUUUCUUAGAUUCGAGUAACUAGGUGCUCUGAAGAUAUAAACGUUUAACGCUUAACAAAUUCUGUAAUUUCGAAAACAUUUUAAAAAACAAAACCAUAUCGCUUAUAAUAAUGUAUUUUAAAUAAAUAAAAUAUUAAUGGAGUAAAUUGAAUACUAUAGAGUCAUAAUUAUGAUACUAAUGUAUAUGUUCGAUAGAGUAACGUAAGGUAUAUUUCUUAAUUUCCAACAAUUUUCAUCACUGCUGAGAUUUGAAGCUGAUUUAGAAACGAACUAUUCCUAAUUCGGGAUAUUUAAUAGGUUAUCGUUUAUGAUAUAACGAAGCCUGUUUAAAUCUUAAACACGAAUUUGAAAAACUACAUAAAUCAGUUACCUAAUUUCAACUCAUAAAUUAUUCCUCUAAAUAUCGGAAUCAGAUACAAAAAAACGCAGUAAAUAAGACUGACACAUUUGAAAUUGUCACAAGAAACAGGGCUGGUCUAUUUUUAACAUCGAGUUUCCAUAAAACUUAAAUAGCAAUGGCGAAAUUAAUAAAAUUCGUUUUGAUUAUAAAAAUGUUCCUCCUAUCAGUGCCUUGUGAAUCAUUGUUUGUUUAAAGGUUUGGUAUGAAGGUGUAAAUCAAGACAUAAUUUUUAUGCCAUCUUUAAAAAAGGGUUUGAAAAUAAAACGGUUUUGUUCCUGUCACAUCUAAAUUGAUUAAUAUAAAAGACAACUGUAAGGAGUACAAGUUUAUAUUACCUACCAGACUCAACGAGGUCCUUUCCUUCCAUAAAUGUACAGACCUGAGGAAUUGGAAAUGAAAGUGAUUGAAAUAAGACUUAAUAAACAUGUGAGAAGGAAUUGAAAAGCUGUGUCUGAAAUAAAUGCUGUUAUAUACGUCCUUGGCUCUAGGCAUAAUAUAAUGAAAAAUACAUGAAUAUAUGCAAAACAACAGAGUUGUAUGUAUAGCUAAUUGUUUCUCGGCAGUAAUCAUGAGGAAAUUAAGAAAUAAUAAGAAAUAAUGUUAUGAAUUAGAACAAAGAUAUAUUGUUCCAACGCUACGAAGUCUUUCCAUUAGUAGUGCAAAGUUUAAAUGUUAUGCAAUUUUUCACUUUUAUUGUAAAUACGUAAUAACAAAUCAAAAGUAGACAAUUCAAUGUUUGUAAAGCUGUUCUUCCAAUUUUCCAAUUUGCAUUGUGUUCUCAACAUAUUAGAUCGAUACAAAAAGUUGACAACUAUGAUUACUUAAAUCUGUGUGAUUUCCUAUCAUUCACCAAAAAUAUCCGUUAGUGACAUGUAUAUGUAUAAUAUUGUGAUAUUAACAGUCUAGACAGUGAUUAGCAUGUUCGACACUCGAAAGCUGACAUAUAUAUUGUAACUAUAGUACCUAUAUCACCUGUAGCCACUCGUUGUUUUAGAGUUAUUCUGUCUCAAAUACGUAUGAACUUUAAUUUAUAAAUAUGUUUUCUUCACUUAAAAUUAAAAUAAGUGCACAUUUGACUAAAUGUGUUAAAAACAGAGGAUGGAACUAUUUCAUCAUAGUCAUAAAGUCAUAAAAACAGUUGAUUUAGCUUAUGUUGACAUAAAAUCUAUACUAAUUGGGAUAAAUAUUGAAAGUUAACUGGAGAAUUCCAAAGUUUGGUAUAUCAUAACAAAAAAUAUUGAAAAAUAAUGAGAAGACAUUUAAAACAAGGAUACUUGAAAUUUGGUAGAUACUACUACUUGAAUCGUGUUAAUAUCUUACUUUAAAGCUUUUAAUAACUACAUCACUUUCUAAUCUUCUAAACAAUGACAAAAGAAUAUAUAUCAUACUGAAGGACUGUUAAUGUUUCAAACUACAUUAUUAUCAGUAUACCUGCUGUCAGUUUACUUAUCGUAAAGCACCGCGCUCAAUCACAAUUUAUUCCGGUAAAUCGAAACUUCAGCCACAAGUGAAAUCCUAAUGAGCUCAUUUUUAUCAAAUUGGUUGAAAUUUCAGGUGCAGUUUUCUAAACCAGCUUGUUUCUUACGCAUUUAACAUGUUUUGUUAUGUUAUACAGAGAACAUUUUUUCUUACUAUCAUUUCCGAGUUGCGGUAACAAAAUAUUUUGCAAUUUUUCUGCAAGAGGAGUAUCUUAUUUACAAUUGGAAAUAUUUCCUCCGCAUUAUUUACCUUUGUAAUUCAUAUUGCUUUUGUAUAUAUAAAUAAUUAUUAAUUUUUUAAAGCUGUCACAUUCAAAUGAGUCUCGUAUCAUUUACAGCUGUGUCUACUUCAUUACAUUUUUGAAUUUUUUCAAAGCUGUUAUUAUAUUCAUAUCUCCAGUUAAGUUGAAUUGCUUUGACUUCAACCACAUAACUCAUUUGAAAAUGUAUCACAUUUUUUUGUAUUUAACUCACUAUUAAUUUGCAUAGAGUGUUUUGUUGAAACUGUACGUCAUGUUCAACUCAAACUGCAAUACUGCACAGCAAAAUAGUCAUAUUUGGUCUAACAAAUCGUAUAAUUUUAGUGAAUCCAUUCAAAUGUAUGGAAGUUCAAAAUUAUCACAACAUUGUGUGAAAUAACUAAAAUUAUCGACUCUCAAUGGCUUCAUAGUGUUAAGUCUAAUCUAAGGAUUAGUUUGUAUGAUAACCUACACCAACCAUCCAUGUUUUCCUCAAAAAAAUACCUCAAAGAAACCACGGAGACCACUCAUAAAUCGGAAAAUAUGAAACAUACAAUACAAAACAUUGAAGUAUUUAUUCAUUAGAUUUGCAUUAUAAUAGGUAAUAAUAGGAAGGCAAUAUUUGAAUUGCAUUCAGCUUCAGUAUUUUUUAUUCCUGAAAUAUCUAUAUCGGAAUUUUUUGGGAAUAAGAUUGAAGGAUUGCCCAUUUAGCAAUCUUAAUAUAGAAAAAAUAACUAGUAUGAGGUGAGAUAGAUACUAAAAAUUAUAUCAAUGACCUACCAUUCAUUGAAUACUUUUUGCCACAAUCCAGUGAAGCUAACUGUGGCUCAAUUUGUUCAACACAUUCCACAUUCAUAUUCCCAUCAAGUCCUUUUUCACAAAAGAUUCAAUGUCAAUGUCAGUUCAAUAUCUGCCAAAUUGAAAGAAAUUAGUUUUAUUGACAUAAUUGGCAAAAAUACUUCAAUUAGAUAUUUUACAAAAAACUAGAAUCAAAUAGAAUAUAAAACAAAAUCUAGUUGCCAACCUAUAAUCCCUGUAUAUAAUACAAUUGGUAGUGUCUUUUUCUUAAAGUGAAUAUUUCUCGAAAUAAAUUCACUCAAGAAUAACGAUCUUAUACUUACUUCCAUAUUUUAACUAACAUAUAGUUGUGAAUAAUUAUAAGCUCUAUUUUUGCGUAUACAGGGUACUAAAAUGUUUAGUUAAAGGUAUUAUAUAAUACGUAUCUCAUUAAUAUAUUAUAACAUAAUAUUUAGACCCGGUUAUUAUAACAUGCAAAUUGUAAUUGUAAAUAAACCUUAGAUGUUCAAUUACAUUUUAACACCCUGUAUAAAAUCCAAAAGCGAAUCGCAAGGUGCGACAUGUACGUAAUACAUUUUUCUGUAAAUUUCACUGAUUAUAACAACUAGUAAUUUUAAGGUAAUUAUCAGGUAUUUAUAAUGUAAGAAUAAAACAGUUGGAUGUGUUUAUUUUAAAUUUCGAGCAGAAAUGUUUGUGAAAAUUUAAAUACAGUGUGUUUGAAUGUAAAAUAAUAUACAGAGAAAUAUCAGAAACUGACCUCAAAACUUCAAAGAGGUUGUCAAAAUACUCUUUGACCCCAAGUUAUCACAUCUCUAUACUCAAGCGAAAUGUGUGAAUCAUCCGUUUUUUCACAGUGCUCACCUUUUGUCAGUUCACCCCAAUGACUUCAAGAUAUCUGCAAUAUCUUCAAAUUGUUCCUAAUCUGGCCGAUUUUUCACCCUAUCCGACAUUCAAAUUAGUACUCAAGAAUCAAUUAAUAAUUUGUUCGAGAAUAGUGUAAUAAAUGAAUUAUUGGAAAGCACCAAAAUGUUUCGGAAGGGGCCUUUAGAAUACAUCGCGAUUUGAUUUUAGCACCUUUUUUAACGUUCUUCCACGAUUGGGAAGACAGAAUCAUAGAAAACACACGGCGAAGAGAAUGUCGUAAAUCUGAAAAGAUUUUCAAAUGUGAAAGUUAUAGAUUAAAGUCCAAUUAAAAUAUUUGGAGAAAAUUUGUUUUUCAUCUUGUCCAAUAUUUAUCAAAUCAAAUCUCUUCAAUCCUCCAUAUUGUUUAGAUGAAAGUACGCUUGCUUAUUCUCGUAAUCUUUGUGCUUCUUUAACUUCACUUAUUAAUAAUUUAAAAUCACCUAAUAGAAUUCUGGAUCUAUUAUCAGACCCAAUAUAAAGUUUAUUCAAACCAGCCUCGUAAAUUUCUGGUAUAUAUUCUAUAUUUUCAUCGAAUUAUGCGAAUCAAAUCGAAUAAAAGAAGUUAUGAUUCCUUAUUUUGUGACUCUUUCGCAUUGCACAUAAAGAGAUUACCUUCGUGAUGUGGGAUUUACUAAUUUGCCCAAAAUGAUCAGUGGCCGAAAUAAUGAGGAAAAAUUUACACAUUGCGAAUUAAAUACAUUGCCAAAUUUAUCUACAUUGCGAUCUGAGAAUAUUGCAAAGUCAACAACACGUUAUAAGUAUAAAUUUCGGUCAUUGUCCGAUUUCGCCAAUUGACUACAGCAUAUAUAUUCAAACAAUCAGAGAUACAAAACUCUCCGUUUAUGAUGUUAAAUUAAUAAUAACAGUGAAUUUUCCAUGUUUAAAGUUCCAGUGAGUUUAGCUUUUAAAGUGCAUUAUUCAUUUAGAGAAACACAAUAAUUGUUGAUAUAUGAGUGAAGUUGAUGUAUUGAAUAACUAAAAUAUUGAGGUCACAAAAUGUACUACAAUUUACCAUAUGAAUACGAGUAUUUUUUAUUUGUUAUUUUUUAAUUUUUCUUUACAAAAAAAAUAUGUUGUAUUAUCCAAAAUACGUUUAUUGAUACAUGCGGAAUCUAAUUUAUAUGUCCUUUUAUCCAAUAUUAAAAGAUUACUGACCUAAAUAACAGUAGAAUAAAUGAGUCUCAUUCAGAGAAAAUAUAAAUUUAAGUUUCAAGCGCACUACAUUUAAUGUUAGAUGUUUCCAUAAAUGUUUACUCUAAGAUACACUUUUUUUGAGUAAUGAAGUUUCUGAACAAACUCAUAAUGUGAUAAUAUUCCUUAUUAUAAUUAUCAUUAUAUUCGAAUAAAACUAUAUUAAUGUUGAUGUACAAAAAUGUUAUGGUUAAUAUCCACGCCCAAAUGUUUAGAAUUUAUUGAAUAUUGUAAAUAUCGUUCAUCUCUAAACUGUUGGACAAAUAUAUAAUAAAAAGUAAUGUAAUCAA